GCCAUCGUCCGGGCCAUGGAUACUUUGGGCAUCGAAUAUGGUGACAAAGAGAGAAAGGCCGACGCCAAGAUGGUGUGUGAUGUGGUGAGUCGGAUGGAAGACACCGAGCCCUUCUCCGCAGAACUGCUCUCGGCCAUGAUGCGGCUCUGGGGUGACUCAGGAAUCCAGGAAUGCUUCAACAGGUCUCGGGAGUAUCAGCUCAACGAUUCCGCCAAAUACUACCUGGACAGCCUGGAUCGGAUCGGGGCCGCCGACUACCAGCCCACCGAGCAGGAUAUCCUCCGAACCAGGGUCAAAACCACUGGCAUCGUGGAAACCCACUUCACAUUCAAGAACCUCCACUUCAGGCUGUUCGACGUCGGGGGCCAGCGAUCUGAACGCAAGAAGUGGAUCCACUGCUUUGAGGACGUCACAGCCAUUAUCUUCUGUGUCGCGCUCAGCGGCUAUGACCAGGUGCUCCAUGAAGACGAGACCACGAACCGCAUGCACGAGUCCCUGAAGCUUUUCGACAGCAUCUGUAACAACAAAUGGUUCACAGACACGUCCAUCAUCUUGUUUCUUAACAAGAAGGACAUAUUUGAAGAGAAGAUCAAGAAGUCCCCGCUAACCAUCUGCUUCCCUGAAUACACAGGCCCCAGUGCCUUCACAGAGGCCGUGGCUUACAUCCAGGCCCAGUACGAGAGCAAGAACAAGUCAGCCCACAAGGAGAUCUACACCCACGUCACCUGUGCCACUGACACCAACAACAUCCAGUUUGUCUUUGACGCCGUGACGGACGUCAUCAUCGCCAAAAACCUCCGGGGCUGUGGCCUCUACUGA